AUGUGGCUGUUCAGAGGGGCCCAGUCUGCGAUUUUUUACUACGCAGCCUGUACUCCCUGUACAGAGCAUCUCCAGAAAAGGAAGAGGAAGAGAGAUGCAGCACGGAGCGCACGUGAGGCCGGCAGGGAUGCCCUCGUUACCGACCAGCCUGUCUUCUACCAGCCAACACCGUUCAGCACGAAUAGAUACUGGGGCGAGGAAAUUGCUCUAGGGCCAGGACCGCCAGCAAGACGUGGAAGGAACAAUAACAACGCUACCAGUCGGAGGGGGAGCCAGAAAAGCCUGUCUGUGCUUGAAAAGGAGAAGCCUACUGUGACGGAGAGAGCAGUGCUAACCGGAGUACUGGAGGACCUGCCUAUAUCGAAGGACGCCAACAAUAACAAGAAGAGCGAUACCGCAAGCAGUCGCCUGGCUACUCGGUGGAACAGUGUGCGGUACCAGCGAGACGACGAAUUGCUUUGGGGGUGUGACGCAAGGGCGUCGUCAUCCAGUCUACGGGUAGCGACUCGUGGCUCGUCAAAGUACUCUCUCGAUCCGCCACCAGAAGUUCACGAUGUCUACCCGCCAAUUGCAAGCGCAUUGAUGAGGAAGGAGGAGAUUCAAUGGAUGCUUCAGCCGCCGCCGAGUGCGAAGGUCAUGGAGGGCAAGAUCAGAGCAGACACUUCCUCCAGGUUCUCGGCAAGCAGCAGUCCGCUUCUCAGAGGUGUCAAACAAUCGCCGGGUACUGCUGGACUCGACGCGGGUGGACAACAACACCCUCUGUCUCGGCCGUCUCCCGCUCAUAGCCCCGGAUCAGCCUCACUCAUGUAUAGUCCGACUACAAAAUCACGCAAAUCCUCCACAGGAGCGACUAUAUCCCGCGACCUAAUACCCAUUGACUCAUUGAUAUCUCUCUCAAACACCUCUCCAUCGCUGGAUCAGCAGCGACCUUCUCUCUCCCGACUCUCUACUACGGUCCGCAGACAAUCGUCGGAUCAUCACCAACAACAACAACUCACCCUUUCUCCAUCCAACGACUCCAGCACAGCUUCUCCACUAGAACUAAAACCAUACGUCUCACUCCCUAGUCUCCAACCCUCGGGGACCCGCCAGCACCGCAAAUAUGAAACAGAACAUCAUCGUCCAACAUCCAAAGAAACGAUUGACAGCGGCAAGGCUUUCCGACCCAUCACCCCGUCCUCUAACAACACCCAUUGGCUCCGUGCCGCAAACCAUUCAAGCGUGUCAAAGUUACCGUUCGCUAGCACCGUAGAGCUUGGUAACGACGACAACCACGACUCGGAUCAUACGCUCGACGAUGACGAAUUCGACCGAUUCGACCGUAUCCGAACUUACAGAUGGAGUAUGGAUUUCUAG